CAAGAUGGCGGCUGUCAAUAGUGAAACGUCAAACGACGUUGCUUGUUUACAUUCGAGUUUAUAAAAAUAGAAAUAAUAUUUCUCUCAAGAAUACAAAUAAUCCGCCGUUAAAAUGGAUAAGAUUUUGGCUCUACAAAAUGAAGAGCAACAAGACGAGAUCCGUUUUAAAGAGACGGUAAAGCACCGCGAUCUUAUUCUGAAACGGAGAACGCAAAUCGAAACGCUCGAGAAGAAAAUCGGUCAAUUACAGAGGGAAAUUAAAGUCGAGGAGCCGAAAAUGUUCGAGAUGGAGACGGAGAUCGAAUUGUUACAAACGGAAAUUGAUUCGAUUACGAACGAUAUCAGGCGAAAGAUGGCCGGUGUGCUGCGAAAUGAGGAAAAACUUAAAAGUGCCAAAGAAUCAUUUAAAAAGCUUUUAAGAGCAGCAAUCGAAAAAAACAAGGAAAUCCACAGCACAUAUCAACCAACAAACAAUUUGAAUCCAAAACCAAUAAACUCAGAAACCAAUGAAGCAGAAAUCCGUGUGUGGGUCUUAAAAGGCAAAAUUGAGGCGAACAAAAUUAUUCUGGAAUACCAAAAAAGGAAAAUCGAAGAAAUGGCUGAAAUAGCCAGGAGAAUCGGGACACCGUUUAUCGAACAUCAAGAAACUGAAUCUCCUAAUUAUAAAUAAAACUCUUAGACUUA